CUUCUUAAAAUGCCUUCAAUGAAAAUUAUGCUUUUACUGUCAGCUAUUGUGCUGACACUUUAUUUCAUCGAAAAUACUGCUGGAAAUCCUUAUCCCAGCAUAGACCUCUUCGGGGGCUAUGACAUCCUUGGAGUAUGUUUGAGAAACUGUGCGCAAUGCAAGAAGAUGUUCGGCUCGUUCUUUGAAGGCCAACUCUGCGCAGACAGCUGUGUCAAGUUCAAGGGGAAAGUGAUUCCAGAUUGUGAAGAUUUGGCUUCCAUUGCACCAUUCUUAUCAACAAAAACGGAGUAAACUAUAAAACACAAAUCUCACCAAAACAUAAUAUUUAUAACCAUUCGCAAACGUAAACCUGACAGAAUUGAACAUUAAUGAGGUACCCAUGAAGACGCUUUUCAUUUCAUCAACGAGAAAUCUCAUUGAAUGAAAUUAGUUUAAUUGAAUACAAAAUAACUAGUAAAUUUUAAGUAAAUUCAAACAUUUUAUUAAUUUCGCACAUGUGUUACGAACCAUUUUAUUUUAAAUCAUUCACUUUUUUGGAUACUUUUUGUUUAUAUUUAUCAUCAUUCGAUCUAUAAUUAAUUUAUAAUCAAAAAACAUUUGCAAAAGAGAGCUCUCAAUUAUUUUAAGCUUUGUUAGAUUAGUUUAUAAUGUUAAUAAGUCUUAAUGUUUUAAAUAUUAUUUAUUUAAGAAGAAAUUUCUAUAUUAAAAUUAUGUGUCUUAAAUACAAUAUUUGUAAUGGCAAUUUUAAUAAAUGUUUGUCCAAUUGAUAACAGAAAAAGUAUGCUCUUAAAUUUUUUUUAUUUUUAUUUAUAAAUAC